UUCCUCUCCACAGUGAAAUCCUUAAAAAACAACUCGAAACUACUCUCUCUCUCUCUCUCUCUCUCUCGAAAAGAGUUCCGAUUUCCUCUCUCUAGUUUGGUUAGGGUUUUUGAAUUCGUGAGUGAGUGAUUGAGGUCUUCCAUGGCUUCGUCUUCCUCUGAUCCUGGUCUAAAGCCUGAAUCUAACGGCGGCGGCGGCGGCGGCGGCGGAGGUGGAGGCGGAGGAGGAGGUGAGAGUUCGGAAGCUGCGAUGGCGAACGAUCAGAUUUUGCUGUACAGAGGACUGAAGAAAGCGAAGAAAGAGAGGGGGUGUACGGCCAAGGAAAGGAUCAGCAAAAUGCCUCCCUGCGCCGCCGGGAAGCGCAGCUCCAUUUACCGCGGAGUCACCAGGCAUAGAUGGACGGGACGUUACGAAGCUCACCUUUGGGAUAAAAGUACCUGGAAUCAGAACCAGAAUAAGAAGGGAAAGCAAGUAUACUUGGGGGCUUAUGAUGAUGAGGAGGCUGCAGCAAGAGCAUAUGAUCUUGCUGCGUUGAAAUAUUGGGGCCCCGGAACUCUCAUUAACUUUCCAGUCACAGAUUACACAAGGGAUCUUGAAGAGAUGCAGAACGUAUCGCGAGAGGAAUACCUUGCGUCUCUUAGAAGAAAGAGCAGUGGUUUCUCGAGAGGUAUCUCUAAAUACCGUGGGCUUCCGAGUCGGUGGGAACUGUCAUUUGGUCGUAUGGCUGGAUCUGAGUAUUUCAGUGGCAUGCAUUAUGGUACAGGUGAGGAUCCAGCUACAGAGAAUGAAUUUAUGGGUAGUCUAUGUUUUGAAAGAAAGAUGGACUUAACAAAUUGUAUCAAGUGGUGGGGCCCAAACAAAAACCGUCAAGGGGAUGCUAGUGUUAAAUCAUCAGAGGAAACUAAACAUGGUUGUGCUGGGGAUAUUGGAAGUGAACUUAAGACAUUAGAAUGGGCAGUCCAGCCGACGGAACCCUACCAGAUGCCUCGUUUAGGUGUGUCUCCUGAAGGGAAACAACAUAAAGGUUCGAAAGUGUCUGCCUUGAGCAUCUUGUCCCGAUCAGCAGCCUAUAAGAGCUUGCAAGAGAAAGCAUCGAAGAAACAAGAGAGCAAUGUGGAUAAUGAUGAGAACAAAAAUAAAAAUACUAUUAACCAAAUGGACUAUGGCAAGGCUGUCGAGAAAUCUACAAGUCAUGAUGGUGGAAAUGAGAGGCUUGGAGUAGGAUUAGGAAUGACUGGAGGGUUGUCUCUCCAGAGAAAUAUGUUCCCAUUGACUCCUCUUUUGUCUGCACCGUUGCUAACCAACUAUAACACCAUUGAUCCGUUAGUAGACCCCAUUCUUUGGACAUCUCUUGCUCCGGUUCUUCCAAGUGGAAUUUCUCAUCCAGCUGAGGUUACGAAGACCGAGACCAGUUCAUCUUUCAACUUAUAUCGGCCAGGGGAGUAAUGUCAGUCCCUGUUCCUCUGAAAGUCGGCAAAAAAAUACUGAUAUUUGCUUGCAUCACUAUGCAGCGAACAACAGGCAGAAAGGGAUGGAUGGUUUAUCAUGAGAAAUGAAGCUUUAACUUCUUUUGCAGGUUCGUUUUACUGGGGUUAUAGAGAUCACAUAAAAAAGGGUAUAGAUUUGUAACCUUAGAAUGAAUGUAAGUAAAAAACAAAAUUAUGUAUCCUGAUAUUUAGCUGAUAAGUGAUAUCCCACGUUUUGUACAUUGAGUUUGUGCCUGACGAGUCCAAUGUAAAACUAUUUUGCUGAAUGAGGAAAGAGAUGAAAUUCUGCCUGAAUAGCUGAUGCCCCACGUUUUGUACAUUUUAGUUAUGCAUGUACAGAGAUUAGU